GUCUCCUCUCUUCCUCUCCCUUCUUCUCCCUCUAAAAUCCGCCUCUCCCUUCCCCAUUCCCUUUCCUCCUCCCCAAGAAACAACCGGAGCUCGCACAUCAUCUCACCUCGGCGCCUCGCCCCCCUAGCCUCUACGCACCUCGACUCCGGCGCCAUCUCGCUGCAUUCGCCAUGUACCGCGCCGCCGCCAGCCUCGCCUCCAAGGCUCGGCAAGCCGGGAGCAGCGCUCGCCAGGUUGGAAGCAGGCUUGCCUGGAGCAGGAACUAUGCCGCCAAAGACAUCAGGUUUGGUGUCGAGGCCCGUGCCUCCAUGUUGAGGGGUGUCGAGGAGUUGGCAGAUGCGGUGAAAGUGACCAUGGGUCCUAAGGGGCGCACUGUGAUCAUUGAGCAGAGCUUUGGUGCCCCAAAAGUCACAAAGGAUGGUGUGACUGUUGCCAAGAGCAUUGAAUUUAAAGAUAGAGUCAAGAACGUUGGUGCAAGCCUUGUAAAACAGGUUGCUAAUGCAACAAAUGAUACUGCUGGAGAUGGUACCACAUGUGCCACUGUUUUGACAAAAGCUAUAUUUACUGAGGGCUGCAAGUCUGUAGCCGCUGGAAUGAAUGCAAUGGAUCUAAGGCGUGGAAUCUCAAUGGCGGUUGAUGAUGUUGUGACAAACCUAAAGGGCAUGGCUAGAAUGAUCAGCACUUCAGAGGAAAUAGCACAGGUGGGUACAAUAUCAGCAAAUGGUGAAAGGGAAAUCGGUGAGCUGAUUGCUAAGGCUAUGGAGAAGGUUGGGAAAGAAGGUGUAAUCACCAUUGCGGAUGGUAACACCCUUUAUAAUGAGCUUGAAGUUGUGGAAGGCAUGAAGCUCGACAGGGGUUACAUCUCUCCCUACUUUAUUACCAACCAAAAGACCCAGAAAUGUGAAUUGGAAGACCCCUUGAUCUUGAUCCAUGACAAGAAGGUUUCGAACAUGCAUGCAGUAGUUAAAGUGUUAGAGAUGGCUCUGAAGAAGCAAAAGCCUCUACUGAUUGUUGCUGAAGAUCUAGAAAGUGAGGCAUUGGGCACUCUGAUUAUCAACAAGCUCCGUGCAGGCAUUAAGGUCUGUGCUGUUAAAGCUCCUGGUUUUGGGGAGAACAGGAAAGCAAAUUUACAGGACCUUGCUAUCCUUACUGGCGGAGAAGUCAUAACUGAAGAGCUUGGGAUGAACCUUGAGAACUUUGACCCGGAGAUGUUAGGUACAUGCAAAAAGGUGACUGUUUCUAAGGAUGACACUGUUAUUCUUGAUGGAGCUGGAGACAAGAAGAACAUUGAGGAGAGAGCAGAUCAGAUUAGAUCUGCAAUUGAGCAAAGUACUUCUGAUUAUGACAAGGAAAAGCUGCAAGAGAGGUUGGCCAAGCUUUCUGGAGGUGUUGCGGUUCUAAAGAUUGGAGGAGCCAGUGAAGCUGAAGUUAGCGAGAAGAAGGACAGAGUUACAGAUGCACUUAAUGCCACUAAAGCUGCUGUCGAAGAGGGUAUCGUGCCAGGUGGUGGUGUUGCCCUUCUAUAUGCAUCAAAGGCUCUGGAUAAAUUGCAGACUGCAAACUUUGACCAGAAGAUUGGCGUGCAGAUCAUUCAGAACGCUUUGAAGACACCAGUGUACACCAUCGCUUGCAAUGCAGGCGUAGAAGGGGCAGUUGUUGUUGGCAAGCUUUUGGAGCAAGAGAACACUGAUCUUGGAUAUGACGCAGCUAAAGGUGAAUAUGUGGACAUGGUGAAGGUCGGUAUCAUUGAUCCACUGAAGGUGAUCAGAACUGCCUUGGUGGAUGCUGCUAGUGUGUCAUCUCUGAUGACCACAACAGAGGCCAUCAUCGUGGAGGUUCCUAAAGAGGAGAAAGAGGCUCCUGCCAUGGGCGGCAUGGGUGGAAUGGAUUACUAAGCCAUGAACAAGGACGAUAUAUGAAGCAAACUGGAACAUAUUGAUUAGGGGAUUUUUUGGGUGUAGUCCCAUCUUUGAUGUAAUUUUAUUGUCGCUGGGUUGACAGUUUUGAUCGUGCGGACGAUGUUCCAAACGGAGCCAGUGUUGGACGAAUAAAGAGUAGUCGUCGAGAGCUGAAACACUUAUCGGAAUUGAUUAGUGACACCUGCUAAAGGCCAAUUAAUGAAGAGUUGCGCGUUUCACUUGUUUA